AUGCAAAGUACUGAAGAAUUACGUGAAUCACGUGAAAAUCCAAAUGCAGUCAAUACCAUAAUACCAGCUGAUCUAUGGUUAUCUCAUAACAGUCAAAACAACGAAUGUUAUCUAGGUAUCAGAUGGAAUACAAAGGAAGAACAUAUUGAUUUAGCAAUCAUGCAGAUUAAUUUAUCAAAAUUAAAUGAUUUAAAUCAAUAUCGAUGGCAAAAUUAA